AUGAGAAUCAUAAAUAAAGUUGUUACAGCUGGGCUCGCUCAUGUAGACGGAUACAUCUUCCCUUGUCUAUCCUCGUCUUGCCCCAGUGCGGCCAAACAGGUCUCCGAAGCAGUAACUGCAUUGAAAAAUGCCAAUGCAAAAGUUGGAAUGCUCUGGCUUGACAUCGAGACAUACCAAUGGCCAAGUGAUCACACAAAAAACCGUGCCUUCAUUGAGGCAAUGGGAAAAGAGCUAACCAGCCUAGGACAAAGUUGGGGUGUGUAUAGCAACUAUAACAACUGGCAGGCAAUUGUUGGUCUUGAUUAUACUGGUAUGAAGGACAAGCAGCUCUGGUGGGCCACCUACAACAAUGAAGCG